CCUCCCACCCCAGAAGGCAUCAUGGAGCCACAAUCGGCCAUGCCGUGGCCGGAGCAGCUUCAUGAGAAUCCCCUCAUCUCGCCGGGGGAAGAUGAAUUCUCCAACUUCCUCGAGUUCGACAUGCAUUUCACAGACCUAGAAGGGCACGGACCAGCACAUUCCCAGAUGCAGGAGCAACAUUCAAUGGGACACCCUCCCACCACCUCGGCGCCCUCAACCAUGGCCUCUGACCCCCGAUCACAUCCAUAUGCCACUGCAAUGGAGGGGAUGUCAAUGGACUAUGGUCACCAUGCGACCCAGUCGCAACCCGCCAUGCCCUACACCACCACUCCCAGCAUGACCCCGGGCUUCUGCGCCCAGGAUUCCUCCCACCAGACCAUGCCACAACAGUCGGGCCAGCACUACAUGCAAGGACCCUCGAUGAUCCCUCCGACCCCGAACAGUAUUGAGAUGCAUGGGAACGCCGUCCGAUAUUCACAACGCAUGGACGAAAAUCCGGAGAUGUAUGAUCCUCGAUACUCGCGCGUCGAGGACCAGGCGCUCUACACUCCUCUCGUAUCGCCUGCGAUGACACCGCUGGAAACCCAAUUCCAACUGGACUCGUAUGCGAUUCCCGGGGAAUAUAGCAUCACUCCCCUCACCUCGCCCGCGCUGGAGGCGCAACCACACUCCACCAAUGGCUUUUACCACUCAAGACAGAUGUCGGAUGUCGGCUUCGUAGCCAACGUCGACGGAAAUACACUGCCAGGGACGUCAGCUCCGGGCUCCCCGGGUAUCAUUCGCAAGACCAAUCGCCGACGAACAUCAACCGCCUCCCGUCUUUCGGGACGAAGUAAGGUCAAACAGUCGCCUUCCCUGCGGGCUCAGACCCAGCGAAGGGGAAGGCCGGUCCCGAAUUCGGAUGAAUUCUACAAUAGCCUAUCCCAGGAAUUGAACAAGCCACAGAAUAAUGAUGUCCGCUCGCUCCAGGCCAGCAGCACCGAGGGCUCGGGCCAGGAUUCGGUCUCGCCAGAACCAUUGUCAGAACCAUUGAUGCUACCUCCAGCGCUCCCUUCGUCACGCAAGUCCCCGGCCAUCGCUCCUCAGCCGGCACAGCCUCCCAGUGCCGCAACCCCCGCCACUCUCAUGCGCAUCCAACGUUCCCAACACACCCAGGACCCCUCUGGCCAAUUUAUGGGACGAGCGCAACUGGAGUACCAUGACGAGACCAUGGAGGACAUCACUUUGCCUGAGGCGGUGGCAACCUCGCAGGCCCGUCCUAAGAUGAAUCGCAUUGACACGAGUGUCCGGGCUAGUCCAGCCAUUUCUGCAAACUUGACUCCUUUGCUAGAAGCCAGGUCGGGCUCCGCAAAUGGGUCCGUCCCCAUGAGCCCUCGGACGGCUGCCAUGCCAUCUCCCAGUGGGCCGAUCCCGAAGAGAUCAGACCCAUCCCGGUCUUCCAUCUCCAGUCGGAAACGGCCCAGUGUAUCCUCCACACAUGCUAGUCCGCAACUACGACCGAAGAUUAGCCCUAGUAUCCAGCCUUUGAUGCGGGCCGGCAGUGAAAAUUUCGCGCAAGAUGCACUCUUUGCCUCCAAAUCGAAUUACCAGCAUAUUCUUGAUGGCACUUUGCCCUCGGGUGUUUCAUAUCCAGAGGCCCUGGCCGAAAACCUCAGCUCCAAACGGACCAACCACAAAUUGGCCGAACAGGGCCGGCGAAACCGCAUCAACAGUGCUCUUAAGGAAAUUGAGGCUUUGGUUCCCCCAGACUUUGUUCAAGCUCGAUUAGCCAAGGAGGCUGCAUUGACAGGGACCAAGCCUGGCGACAAGGAAAAAGAUAAAGCGACCAACCAGGCUAUCAGCAAGGCUAGUGCGGUGGAAAUGGCCAUUGACUAUAUCAAGUCCUUGCAAAGGAGCCUCAAGGAGACUAAUGAGAAAUUGGUUGCGACCGAAGCCAAGCUCGCGGGCUUCACCCUUAAUGAUGGGAGCAGCACUCCGACUGCGAGCACAGCGGAGCUGACUAGCAAGAACGAGUCGGAAGACAAGAGUUCAUGACCAGACUGUAUAUUUUAAAAAGACGGGGAUCAGGGGUUGACUUACAUUGUAUAUUUUGGUCGGGAAAAGGAAUCGGAUAACCCUAGGAUCUUUAUCGACAGUCUCGCUAUGUGGAUGCGUAAUGAUCUGUUUUUUUUCCUGCUAUCUUUUUCUGGAUGUGGGUGUGAUAGCGUUGGCGUUGAUGUCUUGUUCUUGCUCGGUGUCUAUUGUGGUUCUAUACGUGGCUCUAUUCCCUUUUUUUUUUU